AUGAGCACGACCGGGAUUGGGAAUCUGAGCACGCUCAUCAAGCGACUCGAGGCGGCCACGUCGCGGCUGGAGGACAUUGCGAUUGCGCAGGCGGGCCAUGCGCCCGUGCCGAGCGAGGCGCCGGCCGUCGCCCCCGUCGCCGAGACCACGCGGGAGGCGCCGACGACCGACGCGCUCGCGGUGAGCGCGUGGGACGCGGACGUGGGCCCUGCGCUGGCCAAGUUUGUCGAGGCGAGUGCGGCCAUCGGUACGCUUGUCGCCGAGCAGGCGGCCGAGGUGCAGGCGGCGUUUGGGCACACGCGCGACAUUGUGCAGACGGCGACCGUGUGCAAGCUGCCGGCCGACGGCAUGGCGUCGCCGGCCGUCGCGCCGCUCCUGCAGCCGCUGCAGGGGUCGAUUCAGCGCAUCGUCGAGCUGCGGGAAAAGAACCGCGGCGAAAAGGCGCUCUUUAACCACCUCAGCACGGUCAGCGAAGGCAUCCCCGCGCUCGGCUGGAUCGCCGUCGAAAAGACCCCCGCGCCGUACACUGCGGACAUGAAGGAGAGCGCCGAGUUCUUCGCGAAUCGUGUCAUUAAGGAGCACAAGGAUGGCGACAAGAAGCACGUCGUGUGGGCACGCUCGUUUACGUCGCUCCUGGACACGCUGCGUGCGUACGUCAAGGCGCACCACACGACCGGCCUUGUCUGGAACGCCAGCGGCCAGGACCUUGCGAGCUACGCGAAGGGCGGCGCGUCGGACGUGCCGCCGCCGCCGCCGCCGCCGCCCGCCGGCAUUCCUCCGCCGCCGCCGGCGCCGCCCGCGGCGGGCGCCGCGCCGGCCGCCGGCGGGAUGGACGCCGUGUUUGGGCAGAUCAACCAGGGCGAGAACAUCACGCGCUCCUUGCGCCGUGUCGACGCGAGUGAGAUGACGCACAAGAAUCCCACGCUGCGCAAGGAUGCGCCGGUCGUCGCCGAGAAGCCCACGGCGCUUUCCGCGGCGCCUGCGGCUGCCCCGAAGAAGAAGCCCGCGUCCAAGGUGCUCGAGGGGAACAAGUGGACGGUCGAAAACUAUGUCAAGGAGCAGAUCGUCAUUGACCAGACCGAGCUCAGCCACACGAUCAACGUGUUCAACUGCGACGAGUGCGUGAUUGAAGUGCGCGGCAAGGUGAAUGCCGUCUCCCUCGUCUCGUGCAAAAAGACGUCGGUGCUGCUCAACACGCUCGUCUCGUCGCUCGAGAUCACCCGGUGCCAGUCGUUCACCGCGCAGAUCACCGGCCAGACGCCCACGGUCCUCGUGGACAACACGGACGGCGGCCAGAUCUACCUGUCCGACGACGGUCUCGGGACCGAAGUCGUGACGUCCAAGAGCAGCGCGCUGAACGUGAGCAUUCCCGUGGUCGGCGUCCCGGGCGAGUACGAGGAGCUGCCGCUGCCCGAGCAGCUCAUGCACACAUUCGCGCGCAAGGACCGCGCCACGGUCACGACGCACGUCGUGCAGCACGCCGGCUAG